AUGCUGUAAAAUUGCUGCAGCAUUUCACUGAUACUGAUCAAUUUGUAUACAUCACUGUCAAGUGUAUUGAUUAGAUUACAUUCCGGGGAGUGGGGAUUCAAUACACAUUAGUAAUAAGUCAUAUAUAUAUAUUAUGUACCUCGAUGAAAAACUAAAUAAAUCAUGACUGACAGGAGAUACGAAGGGGAGGCCAUGUUGGGGGCUAAGUCCCCCACAAAGGAAACAACCUGCGGCAUCUGGUUCAUCAAGGGCAAAUGGCUACAGAAAUUUGCCAACAAAAAGGCCUACGUCUUCUUGUAUGGUCUCCUUGGAUGUAUCUUCUCUGCGGCCUUCUCCUAUUUCAAUGGCACGAUAACAACUUUAGAGAAAAGGUUCAAGAUACCAAGUAGAACUACAGGUAUAAUUACAGUUGGAAAUGACAUUAGCCAACUCUUUGUCUCAGUAGUUUUAACAUACUAUGUUGGAAAAAGACAUCGCCCUCGAUGGAUUGCUGUGGGUAUUUACACUGUAGUUCUCUUCUGCAUUAUGAAUGCACUACCUCACUUCUUGUACGGGCCAGGAGAAGAUGCUUUUGGUUUGACCUAUGAGUAUGGUGGCAGUCGAGGAGUGUACAACAUAUCUGAAUCUCAGGACAGGCAGCGACUGUGUCAGGCUGAGUCUCACAAGAAAUGCGAUUCAACCUCAGGUAGUUUGGCUCCGCAGGUGAUUUUAUUUGUGGCUCAACUGAUAUCCGGAGUGGGUGGUUCCUUGUAUUAUACUCUUGGAGUGUCCUAUAUGGAUGACAAUAUCAAGAAGUCCAAGACGCCAGUUUUGAUUAGUUUUUCAUAUUUUAUAAAAAUGUUAGGACCUGCCAUUGGAUAUGCACUGGCAUCUCUGUGUCUUAAAUUUUAUAUAUCACCAACUUUAACACCAAAAAUUGAUAACAAAGAUCCAAGAUGGCUAGGUGCGUGGUGGAUAGGUUGGUUGAUUCUUGGCUUGGUAAUGUUCAUAUGUGCUUCAUUACUUGGUCUUUUUCCCAAAACGCUGCCAAGAGCAGCACUAAGGAGGUCGCAAUCUCAAGACAAAACCAAAGAAGUUGAAGAAAUGCCUGCAUCACUCCAAGACAUGUUUCAGACAUUUAAACGGCUUAUAGCAAAUCGGACACUGAUGUGUAACAAUUUUGCAGCUGUAUUCUAUUUCAUGGGGUACAUGCCCUAUUGGGUAUUUAUGCCAAAAUAUAUAGAAAUAAUGUACAAACAAUCUGCAUCAAAGGCAAGUCUCAUUACAGGAACAGUUGGCUUAAUUUUCUCUGCAAUCGGUAUAUUGAUUAGUGGAUUGGUCAUUUCAAAAUAUAAACCUGGCGCCCGGUCCCUAGCCAUGUGGAACGUAAUCGUUGGAACGAUUUCAGCACUCGGUCUUGUAUCUUAUGCAUAUCUUGGAUGUUUAGCAAAUGACACUCAAGGGACUAUCCUAGCUUCGGGAGAAUUAAAUGCUACUCAAACCUGCAAUAUGGACUGUAAUUGUGAUUAUGUGAAAUAUUCACCUGUUUGUGCUUAUGGAAAAUCAUAUAUAUCUCCUUGUCAUGCUGGAUGCAAAAGCUCAGAAAUUCUAAGCAAUGGAUCCAAAGUUUACACAGAAUGUAGUUGUGUAAAAGAAUUUAAUUCUGAAGGUCAGCUUCUACCUCAAAUCGCUAACACAGGACCAUGUCCGAUUGACUGUAAACAAAAAUUUUACAUAUUUCUUGCUGUCGUAUGUUUUCUCAAACUCACAGGAGCAACAGGAAGAGCUUCCAAUUUUUUAGUCUCAGUAAGAUGUAUUGAAGAGAAAGAUAAACCUGUAGCCCUUGGGUUUGGUCUAAUGCUGAUGAGUAUGUUCUCUUUUAUCCCAUCGCCAAUAUUCUUUGGAUAUGUUAUAGAUACAACAUGCCUCGUCUGGGGUAAAACAUGCUCGGGAACAGGGAACUGUUGGCUGUACAAUGGUGAAGCCCUCAGAUAUAUUCUAAACUUUACAGCGACAGCUUUUGUGACAGUCGGAAUACUGUUUGACUUCGGAGUGUGGUAUUAUGUUAAAGGCCUCAAAAUCUUUGAUGAAGACUCAGAAAUGAAGGUUGUCAAUGUUGAACAAAAUAAGAAAUAGUCAUGAAGUUUUAUUUUGUAUAUUUGUACUAAUUUAAUAAUAUGUUAAUAAAUUAUAUUAUAACCCAAUUAGCAUAUUUACUUCCUAAUGCCAUAACUAAACUGGAAAUGGGAC